AUGUUUACUGGUUUAAUCCUUUUAGGGUCAUGUCGUCAACUAGCGUUCUCAGCUUUUCUUAACUUCGCUAACAGACGUCUAGUGAAUCAUACCAUAAACAUUGUUGAAGUCCAGAAUGUGGAUGAAUGUAAGCGGCUUUGUCUUUUGGAACACAAUUGCGUUAGUGUUAAUCUAGACAACAAGCCAAAUGGAAACCGAAGAUACAAUUGUGAACUGAACAACGCGACACAUGAAAUGCUCAACGGGGAAUUGGUACAUGUAGAAAAUUACCUCUAUCGUGGAACACAAGUAAGUAUUUACUAGUGACACCACUCAACGGUGAUUAAAUAUGUGGCUGCUGGUCAGUGAUUCAGACACAAGUAACCAAGGGUUUUAUUUCGAUAUUUUGACAGUUUUAUCUUUGACAUUUCGCUCGUAAGCUUUUCAGGGACUGAAGGUCUAUGUAACGUUUUUCUUCAUUUUUCUUCGUAAAAGUUACAGAUAGGGGCAAGGCAAGCGGCUAAUACGGGUAGGCGCUCAUACGAAGAGAAGGGUACGUUCUGCAAUUAGAUAGUAGGAAUAGAACAAAGAGAGGAGAUGUGCUUAAAGGAUUUAAAGUAAGUUUUAAUUAGCUGUUUUUCUUUUUUCUUUUUCUUCUUUAAGAAUGCUUGUAGCAAUUAUCCUUGUCAAAACGGUGGUACCUGUCAAUCAGGAUUUACCAAGAAGCGAUAUCGAUGUCUUUGCCAACCAGGUUGGAAGGGUGACAACUGUGCAUAUGGUAGGUUAUAAACCGAGAGGUGGUCCAUAAACACUGUUAAUGGACCGGACAUGCAGGUACAUCUUUUAUUUUAUUUAUUAUUUUGUUUUACAUUUGCCACAUAGAAUAAAUAUUAUAGAAAGAAAAGGAAAAAAAAAAAAAUAUAUAUAUAUAUAUAUAUUAAACAGAAAGUGAGAAGAAGCGUAUCCGGAAUACUCCAAACAAACCUUAUGAAGUUGAACUAGUUACAAGCCGAAAUCUUGAUUAUAGACCCUAAGCCAUAUCAGAGCACUCAUUUUUCAAUAUACCGUUAAGAAUAUUCACCGAUGGAUUUGUCCAGGGAAAGCCAAACAUCGACAAAUACUUCUAAACUUCGAUCAUUAGUAGAGGUGAGAAAUGAGUCUGCAUGAAUCAUUGUCGAAGGUUCAAGGUCGAGAAAGCUUGAUUUUCCAAACAUAAGUAACCUUUUCCAUCGAUUUUCCAAAUAUAUAAAACGAUUAUUUGCUCGCCAAUGUUAUUGAUUCAUUUCUUUUGUUAUUUUGGUAAAUGAAGGCGAUUUCGCCCGCUUGGCGCCUACACGUUUCUCACCAGUUCUCUUCAUGUUCCUUUGGGUACUGUUUUUAACCAAAUAAUAUGAUAAAAUAAUGUCAUAGGAUGAGUUAAAAUUUGCUCAAAAAAAGUUUUCUGUAAACGAUCGAGGAUCGAAUGAAACACUAGACAAGAUUAAAGCGGAUUUCUUGAUGCAUCCAAAGGGUACAUUUGAUUUCGGGUUGAGGUAAUAAACGCUUUUCGAACUGGCGAAAGUAGUGUCCUGGUCAGUCCGGUCCCAUAGCUCACUGUAUCCCUUUAAGUGUCAUAAAAGAAGCUAAAAUGAUAACAAGACACUCGGUCUCCAUCAAGGUUCUAAUCACCUUAACAGUCCUGCCAAACCCAAAACACAGACUGUGGCGGUAUGAACGAUAUCUUGGUACGUCACUGGCGGUUCUCUGCUAAUCUCCCAGCCUUAUUCUUGGUGUAUACAUGCCUCUUGCUGAUACAUAAAUCUUCCCGUCUUCCUCUCUUCUUGUUUCGUGAUCUUUCCCCACGGUGACCACAAGCUUGCAUAAAUGUAAACAAAAAUGUAAACUUUAUUGAGAUGUUUCCAGAAUAAUCUCCUAGAAUGCAAUCUAUUUAAAGACAUUGAUGAGUGUAGGGAGCAAGAAGUUCCCAUCUGUGACGUAAACGCCUGGUGGUUAGUGAACCUUUCCAUUGUUUUAGAACCAGCAAGUCAUUAUUGUGGCCUCUGAAAUGGAACAGUGGGUUUUUAUUCGUAAUAACGACCUCCUGUUCCACCUGUCUUCCUUGACCAGCUCCUUCGAUCCAUUUGUUGAAAAUAAAAACCUUUUCAAAACAGUGGAAAGGUGCAUUAAACAUACUAUGUUGAGUGAUUCAAUAACCUUUUUAUUAUUCAUUAUAACUACUCCCAGACUCACAACGUUAUUACUUUUGGGUAUAAAUUUUUGGCAUCAUUUUUAGUUCCUACGCAGUUUAGAGAACGAACGAAUGUUUUGUUUAAAAAGUAACCCUCGCAGAGCGUCACCAUUUACAUAUUUUUGCGUGUUGUUCAGACGUUGACGAAUGUGUGUCCUCCAGCUUGAAUAACUGUUCAGCCAACGAGAAAUGUGUGAAUGAACAUGGAUCAUUCCGUUGUGAGUGGAUUGUUAUUGCACCGUGUAAAGGUCAGUGAAUAUCACUGGAGGUCGCUCAUCAGAUUACUUGUAACAAGGCUUUGUGUAACAUGCAUCUUUCUAUUUACCGUACGUUAUUAGGGAGCUUAAGCAACCACGAUGACGGCGAAAACGACAACGUCAAAAAAACAAUUGUUUUUAUGAGCAAAACAACAGCUUUGCACGUGCAUCACACUUUUUAAUACAUUUCUUUGACGUUUACUGCACGCGCACGACUACGACGUGAAACCCCCUAAUGCGACUUUUUAUGGAGGACGUAAAGUUACGACGACGAAUUUUCCUUUCUUCGUUUUGAAACUGGAUAAAGUCCUUAGGAAUUCAAUUCCAGGAAAAAUUGCCUGCAUUUGACAAAUUGAGCGGGUGCAAAUAGACGCUAUAAAGUUUAAAAGGACGUAAAUUGACUUUUUUAGCGACGUUUUCCCUGCCCAUGGUCGUCGUCUUCGUUAUUUAAGCUUUCUUUUCGGAGAUCACAAACGUUAUGAGGUGUCAGCCUUCUUCUCGCCACCUAAACUAGCUAAAUACCUCAAAAGAAUUUGCCACAUAAAAGAAGUCUCACGAACCCGACAAAAUGGUUUACCCUGUUUGUUUGAUAUUGAUCAGUUUAAUUAUAUCCCAGAAUGCCAUGAUGCUCUCGGUGUAGAAAGCGGUGCCAUCUCUGAUAGGCAAAUUAGUGCUUCUUCGCAGCUGGAUGAAAAUCACGCUCCCUCUCAGGGAAGGCUCAACCUUAAAGCUGUUCCAGGCAAAGGUGGAUCAUGGUCAGCAAAAGAUAAUAACGUUUCUCAGUGGCUUCAAGUCGACUUGGUUAAUCCGCACACCAAGGUCACUGCCCUAGCAACACAAGGCAGAAAUGACUACCGUCAGUGGGUAACGAAAUACAAAGUGCAGUAUAGCGGAGAUGGCGUCAGUUUUCAAUAUUUCAUGGAUGAACAUGCCAGCAAAAUAAGGGUAAGAUGGUGUCCAUCCUAGACGUACACAUAUGAAAUUUUUAAAUUAAGUGUUACCUACCUACCUACCUGUCUACCUACCUACCUACCUACCUACCUACCUACCUACCUACCUACCCACCUACCUACCUACCUACCUACCUCCCUGCCCAACUACCUACCUACCUACCUACCUACCUCCAAACCUUGCACGUUUUUCGUCAUUUUAAAAGGAUAGCAACAGGCCAUUUCCGAGUUGCCCCAAGCCUCUGUUUUAAAGCGAGGCUAAGUGCAAAGCCAUUGAUAUGAAAAUGAUUUUUUAUCCUUAUGCAAAUAAAACUCAUUUUUACACUUAGCCUCAUUUUGAAAGUGAGAGUAUUUGGAACUACGAAGCGGCAUUUCUCAUUUUUUCACCGCCGUUACGGAAUUUCCAUUUUGUUCUUCCAACAAAAAAUGUCUCCUUUGUUGUUUAUCUCUCGCUCUAGAUCUCUGUCACCCUUUUUCUCAUUGAGUUUCGCUGGCCUGCCGCCUACUCUCUCUUUUCUCUUUCAUUCUGUUGCUCUAUAUUCCAAAUUUGUGGACAUGACAAUUAAUCUAAGCUUAACGCUUUAGACAACACGGAUACAGAUACAAUUUGCGCUUUCCGUUUUCGUCUUUAUUGACUCUUUAUCUGCCUCUGUUUUACAAGACGCGGGUGGCUAUGCGAUUUCCCGCCAAAAUAACCUCGAGUUGCAUUUUGGUUGCCAGACCUGUUAGUUGAGUUAUUUUACAUUGGUAUGCCUAUGGUGCAGACAGACGGUCUCUCGGGCGGUCGGUGUACGGUCACGUGAUUAUCAAUAAUUUUCUCGGCUGGGUAGAUUACCACAUUUUCUUACCAAUGGUGCUCCGCUGCGCGCGCUUCGCGCGCAAGAGCUCUGCUAUUAGGAAAGCUAAUUGGGCUGACCCCAGUGACAUAUUUUCCCAGUGGAAACUGUUAUCCACCGUUUGAACAACUAGUAUAGGGAGAGGGACCUGAGAUAGACAAGGUGGAGCAAAGUGUCUUUUCUAAGAAAACGACGCAACGGCAAGGCUUGAAUUUCGGAGGGGACGGGUACUUCCUAUAAUGGCCCAUACGGGGAUACCUUUCUUAGUUUUCAGGUAUAUAAAAGGGUAGUGAUUUCACUAGUUGAAGUAUAUAAAAGGGAAGGGAAAUAUGUUUUUGUGGUCUGUAAAAGGACCCAGAAGGGCUAAUGGAUGCACUUUAUGGUUUUGGAAAAGUCGAGGAAACUUUCUGGUUUUGUGAUUUAUACAUAUUUAAAAGCCAGUGGAUUAUUUAACAGUUAAAAGAGAUGCAAAGUGCUAAACAAGGUAUGUGAAAGGGGUACCAUUUCUCAAUAAGAGGGUAUUCGAAAGGGGUACCCUUUCUGUCAAAAAUGGUAUAUUAUAGGGUAAAGGUAUUAGCCUCACCGUCUUAAAGUUUGUUUGUUAAUCGCCCAGCACCACGUCUCCACGCUCUUUUUGUAUUCAGUAAUUUUUAUUAAUAAGCAUCGUAUUCAUUAAGAGAUGUUUUUCAGCAAUUUUGUCUUCUUUUUUUUUAAAUUUUGUUAGGAGUUUGUUGGAAACACAGACCAGGACACUGUGGUCUACCAUAAACUCAGUCAUGCCAUCAGGGCACGCUACAUCCGUUUUCUACCAGUAGCCUGGCACCAUCACAUAUCCAUGAGGGUGGAAAUCUAUGGGUGCAAAGGUAAAAUUUGCAAUUUCACUCCGGUUAUCAAAACACUGACCAACUGCUGCUUGAGGAAGGGGAGAGUGUGGCAAUAAUUACGCCUUUCCUAAUUCAUGUCCAAACAAAAAACGCAAAGUAAAACAAAUACAGUCAAUGCUUGCCUUGUUUUAGGCCUUUAAAAAUAGAUUAACUUCCAAUUGUUUCCUCCUGAAUAGGGUCAUAACUAACUCUCGUGGAAAACACCUAUCCUAGAAAGAAGAAGUAACCCUUAGGUGGGAGUGGGAACCACAAAAUGGAUUAGAUAGUAUAGAGCUUUACAAUGUAGUGCGUUGCUACUACUGUAAUACUUUAUUUUAGCUUUUCUAGCCCCUGAUGAAGACUAGUUUUGUCUAGUCGAAAAAUUGGGCAAAUAAAUCAAUGUAAAUUACCAACCCUUAGCUGUCUGAUCAGCCUUGCCUUCAAUUUUAAGUAAACCUACUCUAUCAGCCCACAAAUUGUUACGCCCAUUAAAAUUAUAUUUCAACGCCCCAUGUAAGGAAAUCUGGAUUACGGAUUCCGGUAUAUGUUUUGCUUGUGGAAUCCUGAGCUUUGGAAUUAAGGCUCAACGAAACCGGAAUCCCACUAACGAUUGGAAUCCCGAAUCCAAAUUCCACUGACAAGAAUCCAGAAUCCAGAAUCCAGUACCCGAAAUCCAAAUCCAAUCCAAAAUUUACUGUACACGAAUUUAAUUGAUAAAUUUGGAAUGUGCAGAUGAUCUGGGAAUGGAAAACAAUCGUAUUAGCGAUGAUCAAAUCAGUGCCUCGUCAGAGCUGAAUGGCAAUCACAAAGCAAACCAAAGCAGACUUUACUAUACGGCAGACGGAGGCAAAGGGGGAGCCUGGUCAGCUAAAACAACCGAUAAAAAUCCAUGGCUUCAAAUUGAUCUUGGGGGCCUGUACGCUACCGUAACAGCAGUGGCAACGCAAGGCAGACAUGACAAGGAUGAAUGGGUUACGGAAUACAUGUUGCAGUACAGUAAUGAGACUUUGAAUUUCACGCACUACAGAGAACCAGGACAAACUACAUAUAAGGCAUGAGUAAAAAAAUAUAUAAACCUAACAAAGAGGCCUGAUUAGAGAUGCUCAAUGCUCCGGAGCCGAGUCAUAUGCUCUGCCACUUACCGUAUUUAUUCGAAUAAGCGCCCAACCUUGAAUUAGCGCCCACGCUGAAUAAACGCCCACCCUAAAGGCCGAAAAAGUUAAUAAGCGCCCACCCCACCCCACGUCUCUCCCACUCCCACUCAAACUCAAAUAAGCGCCCACCCCCACCCCAGCCCGCCCAAAACUGAAUAAGUACUGAUAAGAAACUUCCCCGAAGACGGAGUUUUCUUCAAAGUAUUUUACGGAAACCUUGCUUCGUUAAAUCUGCGCGUUUUGUUAUUAGCAUUUAUUGUUUUGUUGCAAAAUAAACAUACUACAUUUGCUGAAAAUGUUGAAAAUUUAAUAAGCGCCCGGCCUCGAAUAAGUGCCCACCUUGAAUAAGCGCCCACUCUCAAGGUCCAAAAAUUUAAUAAGCGCUCAGGGCGGUUAAUCGGAUAAAUACGGUAACCAUGUGCUCAAACCCCUAAUCCUCCCCUACCCUCCCCUUUACCUACCGAGCAUCUUUAAUUCGCUUUUCUCUUUGAGAAACUUCUUGAAAUUAUUCAGGAGUACAUCAUCAGUUAAGGGUCUCACAGGAUACUUCGCAAGACCCUUGAAAAUGCCCACAUUGGAAUUAUUCUUACCAUUUUCCUAUUCUUCAACUCCUGAGAUCCCUAUACUUUUAAAAAUACCUUUAGCCGGCCAGCAAAGCAUUCCUGUAUAGUCCGUUUUCGAUUGGAAACCUCCCCCAAACCCACACGCACUACGAGUUGCCAUGCAACUCAGGGUUAGGUCCUGAGUCAAGACAAGUGUACGUUGUACAGUGAAUAUUAUGUACUCUUAAUAAUCUGUUUAUUUCCUCCCGUUAGAUCUUUACAGGGAAUGAUGAUCGUGAUACCGUAGUUCUUCAUAGCUUGAGUACGCCAUUCAAGGCGCGUUACAUCCGUUUUCUUCCAACUGGUUGGCAAGGCAACAUUUCAAUGAGAGUAGAGCUUUAUGGAUGCAAAGGUAAUUUAGAGGGUACAUGUUUUCAAGUCUGAAAGCAACGGUCUAGUUCAUUUCUUUUUUGGACUGUUGUUGACAGUGACUGACGUUUCAACAACCUGUGCGGUAGUCAUCUUCAGAGUCAAAGCGAGUUGUAUCACGUCAGAACUCCUAACCGUUGUUAAUUUAUUUUCGUCACUCUGACAUUCUCGCUAAAACUGACUCGUAGUAGAAUGAUGACAGCCUUUUUCUCGCCAAGAUGGCGCUUAUUCAAGCGUGCGCAGUGCUAACCUUUUGACUUCUUCCGCCAUUGGUAUACGUAAAGUCUUACACUUCAUCGUUAUUAUUAUUAUUUUAAAUUAUAGAGUUCUUAAUUAUAAUUUCAUACUGAAGAUUUUACCGGGCAAGCAUAUAUAUGUGUACAGCCGUUCGGAAAAAGUGCACUCGACAAUCCCGAAAGGUAUUGUGGGUGGUUUUUAGUUCACUGUUUUGAAAAGAAAUUUCAAAGAAUGGCACGAGAGGCCAUGGACGUAUGUUUGCAAGUGCUAAAGGAAAGCAACAAAAGUAGGUUCGACAGCUACAGUGUCAGGAACAAGUCAUUGAUCAUAUCCCUUAUUACCUUUCGCGUGCACAGUUUUUGCGACAACCUUUCUCGAAAUAGCUGUUUAUGAAAUGUAUGAAUCGCACCUUGUCGGCAACAUGACUGAUUUACCAUGCGAUUUAAAAAAGAAAAUAAUAAAUUCAUACUACAAAAUUGUACCUUUUUCAAUUUUUUUUUACAUUUCCUUUCAGACUGGAAAAAGAUUAACUAUGAAUCAGUCUGCUACGAAGCUAAAGACUCGCAUGGAAGUUUUCGCGUCACCAAACCGGGACUCAUCCACACGUUUAAACUUGUUCACCAAAGAGGAUCAUUAAAGUGUACACAAUACUUACCCGCAACCUUUUGGGGCUGCACACACCACGCUUUUCAUGAUCAAACACUAUCUACUGUAAUAACAUACGAGAACAAAAGUGUUCUCGCGUUAGCAGAAUACAGACAAGAUGGCAAGUGUACAAAAUACUCGUAUAAGAUCAAGGGUAUAGAUGUUAACUCGACGGAACUUCUGUUUAACCAUCUUCCGUCUCCAAUAUCCGUGUCCAAUGGACAGGUAUUCAAAAUUUGGUAUAAUGAAGCCUUGCUUCCGAAUGUUUGUGCCCAAGAUAAGAGUGGUGAGAUAUGCGUUGACGUCUAUGCGUUGUACGAUUGA